AUGCCUCGGGCAUCAGCCCACAACUCGCAGGAUACUAUAAAGCAGCCAUUGCUGGCCUUACAGGGCGUUUUCGCAAUGACAGUAGCCGCUCUAUCGCGGCCGACCUUCUCCCUUGUCGACCAUGACGGACGCACUUUCACAGACACAGACCUUCAUGGAGCAUACUCACUAAUCUUUUUCGGCUUCACAAACUGCGUCCGCGUGUGCCCCCGGGCUCUGGGACGACUAUCUGGCGUCCUGGCGGACCUAAAGAUGGUUGCUGAGCCGGUCAAGGCGUACUACGUCUCUGUCGACCCCGAUCGUGACACGCCAGAAGUCAUGAAAACUUUCCUUGAAGCGUACCCGGCCUUCAUUGGUCUAACAGGGACGCAGGCCCAGAUCGAUGUUGCUCGCAGGGAGUUUCGUGUCUUUGCUAAAGCGAAGGAAGACGAAACUGCGCAUGGCGGGGACGGCUAUAUCGUAGACCAUUUCAAUGACUCCGUUGACGCGGAGACCGUCACCGCUCGUAUUUUAAAGAAAGUACAUGCAUCAUUGCACGCCAACGACACUACCCAGGACACUAGCAAACCCGAGAGCCUCGAUAUCCUAACUCGAGACCAAGUCGCAUCAAUUCGCCACAUUGGAAACCUCGCGCGGCAACUUAAAGGCGACUGGACGCACAUGAUGGGCGGCUCAGACAUGAACGACGGCUUUGGUGCCUUCCGCUAUCAACUCGCUUACAUGUUCUAUGCACUCGCGCUAUCGCACUUUCACCGUCUUCCCGCAGCACCAGGCCUUUUCAGAGAGACGAUGGAGCGCAUCAUCGCCAAGAUGCUGGAAGCAGACGUCUGGUUCUACUGGCACGAUGCCAGCAUCGGCGGGGGGUUCUUGCACACCCCGGCAAAAGAGAUGAGCUAUGAUCCAAUCAAGACGGAUAAUAUCAUGUACUCGGCGUAUGUGCAAGUCAUGAGCGCCAUGUAUAACAGUCUCUUCGAUGAUGAUCGGUACACGAAGCCCGGCGCGCUGACGAUGGUGUACGAUGCUUUCCUUUUUGGGCCAGCCGAUGGGUAUAAGUUUGAGUGGGACCAGAAAUCUAUCAACGACCAGGUGUACUGGAAUAUGGUGCAGGAGGGGUACAUUGGGGUCGCGUGUGAGCCCUGGUGUAUCUACCAGAUCUGCAACCAGGUUCCUAUCCUGGGGUUCCGACUGAAUGAUGCGCUGUCCGGGGAAACCGAUGUCGCCUCUGAAGUCACCAAGGGAUACGUCAAAGCCUGGGAAGAUGCUGGUGGAGGCAUCAUAACGCCAGAAGGUGGUUUUAACACCUUCUACCGCAGCGACAUCAAGCGCUCGGUCGUCGUCCCCGGACCCAGUGGCGACGCAUGGUGCGGACUGAUGAUGAACGCAUGGAACCACGAGCUCGUGCAGAGAGUCUACAACGAACGGAUCAGCGGUUCUGUCGUUGCGCAAGAGGACGGGACAUUUUCCGUUGUGACGGGGGGUAUUGAGUAUAGCCCGCUCAAUCGGCGACUUAUCGGAUCCGGGGGCCUCUUUGGCUGGAUUGCAGCCUGGGCUGCAGAGAUGGGAGACGAGGAUACGAAGAAUCGUCUACUGGCGUACGCGGACAAAUAUCUCAACCCGACGGUUGUAAAGGGAGGGCUCAUGUACCCGCGCAACGACAGGGUCUAUGAUGAACAAGGAAAGUUCGUGAUGGUUACGCCGAUCCUCUCAAAUGCGAUUCUCCCGCUUACACGGUUGAAUGUCAAGCACGGACUCAAGAGAUUGUAUGAGAAUCCGUGGGCGGCUAACAAUAGAGAGCACUAUGGAGAGCCGGCGCUGGUAGAGGUGGACUUUGACGUCGAUGUUUACCGGGCCGUUUACCUUAAGGAAAGGAAGAGGUUGCUGUUUGAUCUUGCGGUGUUUGAAGAAGGGAGAAGUGGCUCUGUUGCGCUGGAUAGAGUGCUUGAAAGGGGGGAGUGGACGCUGAGACGUGAUGGGUGCGAGAUUGCCCGUGGGUCGAUGGAGGGACUGCAGGGUGCGGACGAUGGUACGGUGGGCAUACCGGUCAGGCAGGAUGGGCAGCUCCUACGAGUGCCUGUCAUCGGGACGAAAGUGGUUUCGUAUGAGCUGCAAUGGGCAGAUUAG